AAAACCCCACAUACACGAUGCAAUGCAGUGUUCCUGUGUUGGUUUUGUAUAUAAGAUUUGCUAUGCAAUUCCAAAACUAAAAGAGGAGGAGACACGGCCCUGCGUCCCAGAGCAAACAGGGAAUCAGAGGUGAAAGGAGAAACUAUGACUUGGAACGACACCACUAUGGACGGGGAAGGGUUGCUGGUGGAAAGGGACUCCUCUUCCUUUCGGAUCCUUACGGGCUGCUUCCUCUCGCUCCUGAUCCUCUCCACGCUGCUGGGGAACACGCUGGUCUGCGCAGCUGUCAUUCGCUUUCGCCACCUCAGGUCCAAGGUCACCAACUUCUUUGUCAUCUCCUUGGCCGUGUCAGAUCUCUUAGUGGCAGUUUUGGUCAUGCCUUGGAAAGCUGUGGCCGAGAUCGCCGGUUUCUGGCCUUUUGGUUCAUUUUGCAACAUCUGGGUGGCCUUUGAUAUUAUGUGCUCAACAGCCUCCAUCUUAAACCUCUGUGUCAUUAGUGUGGACAGAUACUGGGCCAUCUCCAGCCCGUUUAGGUACGAGAGGAAAAUGACCCCCAAGGCAGCCUUCAUCAUGAUCAGCGUGGCAUGGACAUUGUCCGUGCUGAUCUCCUUCAUCCCAGUGCAGCUGAACUGGCACAAGGCUACAACCACGAGCUUUUUGGACUUCAAUGCCAGCUUAGAAGGUGUAAGCAUGGACAACUGUGAUUCUAGCCUAAACAGGAUGUAUGCCAUCUCCUCUUCUCUAAUUAGCUUCUACAUCCCCGUGGCCAUCAUGAUAGUCACCUACACCAGGAUAUACCGGAUUGCUCAGAAGCAAAUCCGGCGCAUCUCGGCUCUGGAGAGAGCAGCAGUGCAUGCCAAGAACUGCCAUAACCCAGGUGGCAACAGGAGCAGCAUGGACUGCCAGCAGCCAGAGAGCAACUUCAAAAUGUCCUUCAAGAGGGAAACAAAGGUGUUAAAGACCCUCUCUGUGAUCAUGGGGGUGUUUGUGUGCUGCUGGUUGCCAUUUUUUGUGUUGAACUGCAUGAUUCCCUUCUGCGAGCCCACCGAGCCCUCCAAGGGAGCAGAGGCUUUCUGCAUUAAUUCCACCACCUUUGAUGUUUUUAUAUGGUUUGGAUGGGCCAAUUCUUCCCUCAACCCCAUCAUUUAUGCCUUCAACGCUGAUUUCCGCAAGGCAUUCUCCACCUUGCUGGGCUGCUACAGGCUCUGCCCCCUGGCUGGCAAUGCCAUCGAGACUGUCAGCAUCAACAACAACGGGGCCGUGGUCUUUUCCAGCCAACACGAGCCCAAAGGGUCCAGCCCCAAAGAGUCUAAUCUGGUUUAUCUGAUUCCACAUUCCAUUAUCUGCCCGGAAGAAGAACCUCUUAAAAAGGAAGAUGAGGAGGGUGAACUGUCAAAGACCUUGGAGAAAAUGUCUCCAGCACUGUCGGGUAUCUUGGAUUAUGAAGCUGAUGUUUCUUUGGAAAAGAUCAAUCCCAUUACACAGAAUGGGCAGCAUAAAACCUGAACAGUAAGGUUUACUCAGCAAGACCUAAUGGUGUAUAUUGUAGUAAUCUUUUUUUGGGAAAAAAAAGAUGUACGAGAUUUUUUGGUAAGAACCUAAGCUCUAAGGGAGAAAAAUGCACAUUUACACCAAGGCUAGAAUUAAUUUUCCUGGCAUUCAGAGCAAAUUUAACAUUUCCAACAACAAACAGAAAAAGAUACUGGAAAUUGGUUAUAAAAAAGGAUGCUAAACUGUACUGUUCACCCUGAGGAAAAUCUACAAAUUUAGAUACAGUGCAGUUACAAAGAAAGUGUUGCUUCUUCUCUGUACAGAGAAACCAAUUUCUAGGUAAAAGUGAGGCAAAAGAUAAAUGUUGAGUAUUUAAUGUUUACUAGAAGUUAAAAGAUUGCUUUGUCUUGUGAUAGUGGGUGUUAACAGGUCCUAAUUAAUGACUGAGGGAUUGUAAAGGUAGGUAGAUGCCUUCUUAAAAUUAUUUCUGACAAAUAAUUGAGCCUUAUAAUGAGAAUGGUUAUUUUUAAAGCUUUGGGAGGUAAUAUGUUGAUACUGGUUUUAUUUAUUUAUUGUUUUAAAUUGAUAUUUUUCAUAUGUUAUAACAGAUCUAGCUUUAUUUAUGUUAUUUAAGAUGUUUAAAUAAUGGGAUAUUUUUGGAGUGUCAUAACUGCAUUUUGACCAGUCAACCAGUCAGCACUUUAUUACAAGCUCUGAUAGUCUGGAGAGCUGGUGAGGGGAAUUGAGGAAUGUUAAGGAGCUCAGCAAGAAAUGAAGGAAUCAACAGAACUGAUGCUGUGUGGAGUUGGUUUGCUUGUGGGCUUUUUUUAUUUUUAAGUGGGAUUUCUUUCAAAAGAUAGGGCCAGAGUUGACUGAGUUGCAAAUUCUCUUCCCUUAUAGAAAUAAAAGAAAUUGCUGCUAUUUAUUUUUAAAAAGUUUCAUGUUUCAGAGACUUUGCUAGAAUGUCAAGUUUGUGGAUCUGUAAAUACCUUAAAUAUGACUACAACCUUAAGAAGAAUCCAAUUUGGGAAGGAAAGCUUCUUAGAUAACAAUUCUUAGUAUAUAGUGUUUUGUAUUUAUGUAAGAUAAACAGCUUUCUCAGACUUUUCUUAUUUCAAGUCUUGGAUAUCUUUUCUGAACAAACACACUGGGUUACAAUGGCAGGAAGGAUGCCAAAAUCUGGUUAUCCUGCAGGACCACCUGGACCCUGCUGUCUGUCUGCUCCUCUGUCACAGUCAGAGUUAAAACCUGAGGUCCCUGGUGCUUUACCCUGGGACCUGGGAGGACGUCACAGUUUAGUGACUGCCAUGUCAAUACUCCAAUCUAUAAGGAAUUGUGGCCUCACUACCAUUUGGAAUUAAAACAUUUCUAAACACGGCUGGAACUGCAGCCUCCGUCUCGAAAUCCUCCUGUGAACUCCAAAAAAGUUGCCAAUGUUUAAUUAAAAAAUCCUGCUACUUUGCCACUGUCCUUCCCUGCUGCUUUCCCUCUGUAAUGCCAAAAGCAAUCAGUGAGCAUUAGCAACAGGAACAUUGGGUGUUAAUAUUCAGCAGCAUUCAAAGGAAUCCAUUUCUUUUCUAAAUGGGAGAAAAUACCCUUUGGAACAACUUUUUCGUAACAUAUAUCACAACAAAUGUGUUGUCAGGAAAAGAGAACUGAGAGGAAAACAAAAAAUUAAAGUCUAACAAACUAUAUACAUCCUGCAUCAGGUCUGUGUAUUUAUGUAUUGUGAAUGUUUUCAUAAUUUUAUUGCCUGUAUGCUGCUUUCAUACAUAUAAUAAAAUUAUUUUGUGAACAGA